UGCACUUCGCGCUAAAUGUUAUCCUCUUUCAAGCAUCACGUAGUCUGCCGAGCCUGAUAAUGAUGAAAUACGUGUGCGAGAACUACCUUUCGUUUUCGCACAUGCACAAACAUGAGCAGGACUACCGUCUAUGUGUUUGUUUUCUUCGCUUUGUUUGAAAACUAGGCGACAUCUUUCAAAAGCAACCACUGUCGUCAAAACAACCGAGCAUGUCUGAAGUUCGCCUGUAAGCAGCUUAUUGUCUAGUCAGUCGAUGUAAAAGUCCGUAACCUAAUUAAACUUCAUGUUAAUAAAGCGAAUUCUUUUUCCAAGGUUCUGCAAUUUGUCACUGUGAUCGUCGUUAACAUUUAAAAAUAUGUCGGGAUGUUGAACUGAAUCUUGCAAUUACAUACGGAUCCGUAGAUUAUCCAAUAUAUUUCAUCCUAUCUGUGAGAUAUUAAAACGGGAUAUUGAAAAUGCCUGAUUUAUCUGAUGCCGAUCGAGAACGUAUCAGUAAACUAUUCAGCGAUUUAGACGUAAAUCAAGAUGGUCGUAUCAGUGUCACUGAACUUAGUCGUGUCAUAAAAGGGAGCAAAAAUGAGACAGAUAGUAAAAGCAAAACAGCUAGGAAAAUUAUGACUAAAGGAGACACGGACAAUGAUGAAACACUCACAUUUCAAGAAUUUCUUUCCUAUAUACAUGACACUGAAACUCAUUUGAAACUCGCAUUUAAAGAAAUCGAUCAGAACAAUGAUGAUCGAAUAGACGCUAGUGAAAUUCAGUCAGCCAUGAAAAGACUUGGUGCCAACGUGAGCGAAGCUGAUGCACAAAAGUUGCUUAAGCGUAUAGAUAAAGACGGUUCCUUAGAUAUUGAUUAUAAGGAAUGGAGAGAAUUUUUACUAUUUAGCGGGACUUCAAAGAUUGAUGAAAUAUUUAGAUAUUGGCGACAUUCAUCCGCUAUUGACAUAGGUGAAAACAUGUGUAUUCCGGAUGAUUUCACGGAAGAAGAGAAAAAGUCUGGAGAUGCUUGGAAAACAUUAGUCUCAGGAGGUAUUGCUGGUUGCAUCUCCAGAACUGUAACAGCACCUUUGGAUCGCAUUAAAUUGACAUGGCAAGCACUCGGAAGUAAGGCUUCUGAAGUAGGUUUAUUGGGGACAGUCAAUAAAAUGGUUAAAGAAGGUGGAGUAACAGCAUUAUGGCGUGGCAAUGGCGUUAACUGUUUGAAAAUUGCUCCAGAAUCAGCAAUUAAAUUUCAGGCUUAUGAAGUUUACAAGUGUUGGCUUAAUGAAUCUUUGGGUAGUAAUCCAGAUGGAAGUCUUCAAUUACAUACUAAAUUCUUAGCCGGUUCAUUGGCUGGUGCAACUUCCCAAAGUAUUAUAUAUCCUAUGGAGGUAUUGAAAACAAAAAUGUGCUUACGCAAAAGUGGACAGUACUCGUCAAUAUUUGACUGUGCUCGAAAGUUAUAUCACAGUAAUGGUAUUAGUAUAUUCUAUCGUGGCUAUGUGCCUAAUAUGCUGGGUAUUCUACCGUAUGCUGGAAUAGAGUUAGCUAUGUUUGAAACAUUUAAACAGUCAUAUUCUAAAGCAUUUUUAUCAGAAGAUAAAAAGUCUAAAAAUGCAUCUCCACCAGUUUAUGUUUCCGUUGUAGCCGGUGCUCUUUCAUCAUUAUGUGGUCAGUUAGGCACUUAUCCUUUGGCAUUGGUUCGAACAAAACUUCAGGCACAGACAUCUUCCGAAAAGACUGGAUUACUAAAGAUUGUCAAGAAUAUUGUGGAACAUGAAGGUGUACCGGGUCUAUUUCGAGGAUUAGGUCCAAAUAUUCUCAAAGUCUUACCGGCUGUUAGUGUUUCGUAUGCUUGUUACGAUCAAAUUAAAGCGUUUCUACAUGUUUCAAAAUAGAUCUCUGCUCUAUUUUAUUUUUUAAUGUAUGUUAGAUCAUGAA